AUAAACACGUGAGGCGGUCAGGCAGACGGAGCUGCAGAGUUGGAACCUCUGGCCGAAAAAGUGUGGUCAUGUUUCUCCAGUAUUACCUCAAUGAGCAGGGAGAGCGGGUCUAUACGCUGAAGAAAUUUGACCCUAUGGGACAACAGACUUGCUCAGCCCACCCGGCUCGGUUCUCCCCAGACGACAAAUACUCGCGACACCGAAUCACCAUCAAGAAACGCUUCAAGGUGCUCAUGACCCAGCAACCGCGCCCUGUCCUCUGAGGGUCCCUUAAAUUUCAUGUUUCUUCUGCUGCCCCUCGGAGACUCCGUAACCAAACUCUUCAAUCUGUGAGCCAUGAAGUCAUUUUACCAGCCGUGCUCUUUGGAAUCCAGUCUCAUCAUGGCCUUUGAUCAUGCUUGUGUGAGGCAGUCAUGGUAGCAUCCCCCAGAAAGGGAACAAGUUUGACUCCUUUUUUUUUUUCACAUUUUAAAUUACUGCCAGGUUAUUAAAGAUAAAAUGAUUUGAAA